AUGAAGAUUGCCGAGCUUGGAACCGGAACAGGAGUCUGGCUCUUCGAAGGAGCAAAAUAUCUCCCAGCGACAACUCAGCUGGAUGGAUUCAACAUCUCCGAUGAGCAAUUUCCUCUGAAGGAGCAGUGCCCGCCUAACCUCAGAUUCGAUAUCAUGGAUUCUUUUGUCGAUCCACCAGCCUCUCUUGUUGGUCAGUAUGAUGUGGUACAUCUUCGUAUGUGGACGAGUAACUUCCGAAACCGUGAUUCGGGCGUCAUCAUCCAUCAUGUCAGGGAGCUGUUGAGUGAGUUACGACUUAUCUGA